GGCUUUUAAUUCUAGUAUUUCUUUAACUGAAGGAAUGUUUGCCCAUGCUUCUUAAACCCUGAGGAAAAUUCUUCUGAACUACAAGAAAUUAAGAGACUUAACAGGGAUUUUCAGGCUGAAGCCUUACAGCUGAUCAACAGCGGUCGGUAUGAAGAACGUGAGGACUUCGUGGUUGUCACGCAGCCAUUUUUCCGAAACACUUUGUUGCCCCUGGAUAGUAACGGCAAGCCAGAUCUGAGUUUCUUUGCUGCAGACUGCUUUCAUUUCAGUGUAAGAGGCUAUGCUGAGAUGGCCAUGGCUCUCUGGAAUAAUAUGCUGGAGCCAGUUGGUGAAAAGCAGAGUUACAACAACUUUACCCAUGACAGAUCAAAACUCAAGUGUCCAAACCCAGAGAAACCAUUUCUUUCCACACUGAGAAACAGUGCCUUCAGAAAUGCAGAUCUCAACUUGGAGAAAACCGAACCUUCAGUCCCCUACUGGGCUGUGAUUGUGGCUGCAGUGGCCGGAGUCCUGGCGGGUUCUUUACUCAUCUGGCUCGUGACAGGAAGAAGAGCCAAGAGGCACCAACGUGAGACUGACAUGAAAAAGAGCAUGAAAACGACCUCUCUGUAA